GGAUCCGCGCCUGAACAUCCUUACGUUAUGUCGAUAUCAGAUCGGGAUCGACAGCUCAAUAAUAUGAAACUCAAGACUGAGCGCCAAAAUAGUGAAAAUACUUGGUACACAGAUUCGCGGAGAUCAAACUGAAAGUACUAUCUUAGAGGCACACAAUUUACUUUUAGAAGACUUUUUUCAGAUUCAUAUAGAAAUUCAGAAUGUCGUCAACUUCACAGAAGCACAGAAACUUUGUUCAGGAACCAAUGGGAGAAAAGCCUGUCACAGAACUGGCAGGGAUUGGAGACACUCUAGGGGGCAGACUUGCAGCAAAUGGCUUUGAUAUGGCUUAUGUAGUGCUGGGACAGUUUUUGGUACUGAAGAAAGAUGAGGAGAUGUUCAAAGAAUGGUUGAAAGAAGCGUGUGGUGCCAACGCGAAACAGCAGAGGGAUUGCCAUGAAUGUCUCAAAGAGUGGUGCAAUAAUUUCUUGUGAAUUGUAAAACUAGGUUAUCAUAAGUCCUUUUGUAAUUAUAAAAAUGUGUUCUUUUAAUUUUCCUAAAUAAAAAAAUAAAUUUCAUUUUAAAUUAAAAA